AUGGCCCUAAGUCGCCGUGAUCUUCUCAUUGCCUGCUUGGGCGGCUUCAUUGCGUGGGGUUUUGCCGUGCGCUGGUUCCCCGUGCUUCGUUACAUCGGAUACGUUUUUUUUGCUGGUAUCACCACCUCUGUCCUUUGCCUGGGUGCCGUCAUUCUUUUAACCGUACGAAGUGGAAAUGAGUGGGGAGCAAACCCAGUCAGUUUGGCUGGCAGUUCGAUCGCCUUCCUGUCCCCCGAUAAAUGGGAACAUGAUGUCAGGAUAUACGAGAAGAGCGUGGAUUAUCGUCCCGAACCCCUAUACCCUCAGUCAUUCCUCGUUUCCGAAGCGCUUGGUGAGCUCCUUGACCUUGCCCUGGGCGAGUUUGUUUCAUCAUGGUACCGGGAAAUAAGCGGCAGCCCAAGAUUUGUCAAUGAAGUCGAUCGUGGGAUAAGGGCCGCACUUGGAAAUUUAAGGGACAGGCUGUUCAGAGAAGACUUGGUGGAGAUCCUGGUGUCCCGGUUUGUACCAAUUUUGACGAACCAUUUUAGAGAUUUUGACACAGCUGAGAGGGCAGUUCGAGGCAGAAACCUGUCACGCACUGUAACUGAAUCGGAAGAGCUGGAGAUUGCAAUCGCGAGUAGGUAUAGAAAUGGAAAUCUACACCCUGCCGUAUCUGUAUCCUCGUUCACGGACCCAAAACAGGUUCAGCAAGAGCACCUCCGCAAGUUGGUUGUUGCACUGCUCCCGAAACUGUUGCCAGAGGGUUUACUGAGCAGCCGGGCGGUAUCUAUCUUGAUACGAGAGAUUGUCACCUGUGCUGUUCUAUAUCCAUUGUUAUUGCUGCUUUCUGACCCUGAUACUUGGAACCAGCUGAUGGAAGCCUAUGCGCGCACUGCACUACAAGACCGCAAAACGGUACGGAGACUACGUGAGGCCCUAGACCAACAUGCUUCACCUGCUCCGAAGUCUAAACACAACCAAGCGUUCCCCAGGCUAAGGGCGGGUGAUAGCGAAAGAGACUUCGAGAGCCUCAUGAAGUAUCAUUGGUGGAUGUUAUGCACAAUGCAGCUGGCCUUUCGUACUUUAUGGAGUAUAUGGGAUCGCCUGAAUCUCAUGUCCCUUGUCCAGUUUUGGGUCGUCGUUGAUGGGUUCCGAAACCCUCUUGAAGAUGACUUUGGCGAUGACACUCCUACCAACGCUGUAACAUGGACAACCGCCGAUAGAAACGAUGUCGUGCUGAUCAGCGAGCAGCAUUUGUCGAAGCGUGAAUUGCGGGUUCCUGCUGAAUCUAGACAGGAGGUGAAAGAGUUCAUCAACGCUGGAAAGCGAGCUUCUCCGGAACAAUAUCGCAAAGCACGAACAGUCAUCCUCACUACCCAGACAUCUGUUUUACUUGAGAUGCAGAAUAAAUAUUAUCCUGGCUUUAAGAAGUCGGAUCUAUACUAUAAAUACUUAGCUUCUGAUGAAGCUGCUUCCGCCUCCGCUUCCACCUCCCAGUCUGGGCGACCGUCUGUGAGCCAGUCAACAUACUCUGAAGGCUCUGAAAGACGUCCACUUCCCCCGCUUACGGGUCGCGUAUCUUCCCCCCAAACAAACGCAAAACCAAACGAGCUUUUACGAACGGCUGUUUCUACAACCGAUUUAUGGAACCAGCCUAAACAUCUAGGUGACUUGCACUUUCUUCGGCGAUCACUAGACUCGGAUCGAGCUCGGCUAUUUGAUGACGAUGAUCUGGAAACCGAUCACCUAGCAGCGUCUAUACAGAGCACCGGAAAGGAUUCUCAGAAUGGGGAUGGCGGGGACGGCCACUCCCGUCAUGUAAUAGAGAAUAUGGAGGCCGCUUUGAAUGAUAUCAUUACCAAUCAACCAAAUGAUUCGAAACUAGAAGAAACGAAAAGUCCUAUUUUACAUUCAAGUAGGGAACAAAAUUCAUCAAGGAGUUCAUUAGAGUUUCCACAACAUGACAAUGGUCCAGUAGGGGAGAAGGUGAAACCAAGUAUCGCGUCGCUGGGCCUUGUUAAUACCUCAUCUAGGAUUGGUGUAUUUACCGACAACGAUCUCUUCUCGGACGAGGAGAAGUUUAUCGAGGAUGAGUACGCGGACCCAGAAACACCUGAGGAUGAAAAAGAUCCGGCGGAGGAGAUACAUGAAGCGGCGCCUGGCGAUCUUGGUCUGGCAGAAGCUAUAUCUGCGUUGACAUCUGAUAUAGAAAAACUCAUUGCCCAAGAGGCCGUCGUUGACACGCUCACCAGAAAAGCGGAAUUAACUAAUAAUACCGCGGAGCUGCGUAUAUUAGGGAAAUCCAAGUCGAGUCUUCAUCGUGAAAUUCGCCGGAAGGAAAUGCAAAGACAGCAAUAUAUCAUUCAAGAAAGUGAUAAUAGCCUCUACGGGCGUUCCACUGUCCAAAUCAAAUCCAUCAUGGUUGGGAAAGAGGAGGAUGGGCGGGAAUAUGCAUUAUUGAAAUACUUACCAAUCUCAGAUCUUAUCGAAGUACAGAGGAAUUCUGGAGACCAGAUGCCUGCUGCCUCUUGGGCAAUUCCUCGCCGUUACAGCGAAUUCCACGAACUCCACCAACGUCUACGAAUGCGAUAUCCGUCCGUCCGCAACCUAGAAUUCCCUCGCCGACGAAUGGUAAUGAAACUCCAAAGGGAUUUCCUUCACAAACGCCGUCUUGCGCUCGAAGCCUAUCUCCGGCAGCUCCUCCUCCUCCCUGACGUAUGUCGAAGCCGCGAUUUACGUGCUUUCCUAUCCCAACGCGCCAUAAUCUCCUCUGAAGAAUCAAACGACCAUGAUCUCGAACAUCAACGGCUCGAAGAAAACAAAGACCUCGUUACCCGCAUCUACAAUUCCGUUGCCGAUGGCAUGGACGAUUUCCUUGGAAACAUCACCGUCCUUGACCAACUCUCCACAGCAGGCCAAAACCUCAUCUCCGCCGCCACAAACCAGCUCGCGACUACCAACAACCCCCAGCCUGACCACCGGCUCAUCAGCCCGGAAGACUCCCUCACUGCCGCCGAAGCCGAAGCCGAACUCAACACCUUUGAAUACCGCGAACUAGAGCCCUUCGUAAAGCCCAUCUGCGACAUAUUUCUCGAGAUCUUCGAGCUGAACAAGGGUAACAACUGGCUGCGCGGGCGCGCCGUCGUCAUCGUCCUCCACCAGCUCCUCGGCGGCACGGUGGAGCGCAAAGUGCGCGAGUUCGCCCGCUCGCUCGUGGAGGACUCGUCGUUGCUGCGUUACAUCCACCUGGCGAAGGACACGUUGUGGCCCGUCACUGCUGAUGGCGAGGGUCGUCGGUUUCGCGACCUGAAACCGCGGAGUUUAGCGGAGAAGAUGAAGAGCAGGACGGAGGCGAGCGUUAUGCUUGCGACGCUUGUGCCGGAUCUUGCGGCCAAUGUGGUUGGGAGGGCGAAUGCGCAAGCGGCGGCGAGGAGGGUGUUUGCGACGACGAAUAAUCAGAGGCUCAAUGCGCACUUGGUUUUUACGGUUUUGGAUGAGAUUGUGGCUGUGCUGCUUGGGAAUGCCAGUGCGGAUGGGAGUGGGAGUGGGAGUGGGAGUGGGAGUGGUGGAGUUAGAUGA